AUGGAAAAGGGAACAACUACACCAGGACAUAUGAAUGAUUUGGAAGAAAAUUCCAUGCACGACUUUGCAAGCAUGCAUAAGGAUCUUCUUGUCAGCGUUAGUUUAAUAGGGUGCUUUGUGCUUAUUUUACUUGUUUUCGCAGUCUUUUUUUAUAGAAGUUAUAAGGAUUAUCAAAGCUCUCUAGCUUCGCAAAAAUCAGAGUUGCAUGGGGACGAAGAAGAAGGCCAGCCUUUUCCGUUCCAGGAAACAAGCAGUAGAUCACUUAUUUCAAUUAAGGCUCCAGUGAACGAAGUUUCUUUACUUCCGGUUAGUCAGCAGGAGGAAAAGCCUGUAGUGUGUUAUGAUCGUGCAGCUGCUCAAGACGAUGGGCCAGAAAAGCAAAGGAAACAAACAACGGAAGAAGGUACGAGGCCAAACGCAUUUCGUCGGUCCAAUGUGGGCAGCCUUCAGAAUCUUUUAAGGAGGUUGCAGUCUGUUCGUUUAUCCCGGCUAGGCUCCACAAGACAAGCAGCAAAGACAAGUACUUCUGCUGUACUCUCUGCCAGUCUCACUUCCAUUCUCCAAGAGGACAACUACAGUCCUAUCAAAAUUGUAGAGAAAACCAGCUCUUCAGAGGGGACUUACAACAUUCCAACAGCUAAAACACAGAGAGAGAUCAUGUUUAUUGACAACACAGUGAGAGAAACUAUUCAUGGUCCACCUAAGAAGGUAUACGAAAUUGAUGUUUUGAUGGAGUUGGGAAGCCUAGAAAGGAUAAAAUCCUUACAGUCACAAGCUGAUAGAGGAGACAUUUUACUUUCAGAAGCUUUAUUACCUAAGAUGCCUAUAGAAUUAGCAGAAAGGCUGACGGCAUCUGAUAUCACUCUAGAUCUUAUAGAUAUCAAGAAGCAAUUGCAAUAUUAUAGUGACGACAAUACAAUGAUACUGAUUGAGCUUAUGAGGUUCUUUUCCCACACUUUUGGUAUGCAAAAGUAUCAAAAUGCUAGAAUCUUCAUGGCCGGUUAUGCCGAUUUAGUUAAAUAUAUCGUUGGCCAUGGAAUAGUCCCAAAAAUGUUCUAUCAUUCGUCACUUUUGGGGACCUUCCUUAUUGAACAGUUAAUCAAAUAUUGCACCGCUUGUUGGAAGCAUGACAUCACUACACAUAGAAUCUUAGAUUCUCAAUUCACUGAAUGGGAUAUGGAACAGAUGGUUCCCUCUAAAGUUGAAGUAUACGGUUAUCUUCUUAAUCUUUUACAGACGGGGUUACGUUCAGACAUUCUUCUUGACAUUUUGACACAUUUUACUCCUUGUGCAAGUCUCAAUGUUCUUCCCUUACUUUAUCAAAAGGAAAAAGAAUCGACCAAGCCUGAAACUAGGUCAGCAUUCCAACAUCUUAUUGAGAUAGCAACUAGCUCAGCCAAAAAAACACUUUCCAUUGAUAGAUCACAUCUGAGAAGUAAUCCUUCCUUGGGGAACAGUCUUAAGAUGAAGUCUCUUCCUGGCUCCCUUUCGAAAAGAAGCCCUCACAACGGUAUUUAA